AUGCCAUCUUAUAUCCCACCACAUCGCCGCUCCCAGCAGGGCUCAAAGGGCAGUGAACCUGAUGCCGCCUCGAGUCCAUUGAGUCCCUCGAACCGUCCCGAAUCAAGCCCCAGGAACUUUGGAGACUUUGGAAAAGGAGCCCGUGGUUCGACUGGCAGUCAUUUUGGAACACCUCAAGGCCGUGGUCGCGGAGGAAGGUCUGGACAUGGGACUAGGCCAGAGCCGCAGUGGUUCGACCAUGCCGAUGUUAUCACUGCUAGCGAUAUUUUUCAUCACUUCCAGGACGAUAGACGUGGAGCUACGGGGGGUACAACCUUGCACGCCUCCAAAUCGCGCCCGAAUGAACUGGUCUAUGUCUUCUUGUUCGAUGGUGCCAACCCGCGAUGGGAUGGCGACAAGAUCAUCUUUGCCAAGAGCAAUCUAGGCCUUCUUCCCGAAGUAACAGAACACGUUGUUAAGCAUGGUCCUUGGGACGUUUCUGCAGAAUACAGAAAGUCUAGAUCUGAAGAGGAGGCAUUGCCAGAAGAUUCGGAUUCUGAUGAUGCGACAGAACAGCAGUACAUGGCCAACACAGAUGACGCUCCGGCAAGUAAGCAGUUCAGCGGACCACUAGAGGGCACAAACAAAAACUCCAGUCAACCGCCUGCACCCAACAGUCCAUCCAUAGUAGCAGCUUCGACAAUCUACUCCGAUAGGCCCCCGGAAUUGCCGAGUAUCCCUCCCAUCGACUACAAUCCACGUCCCCACGAACCAAUUGCGGUAUUCCAAGACGUCCGGGGAAGUGCCAAAUUUGUUUUCGACGGCUGGUACAACAUCAGCCGCGUCAACAUCAUCGCCCCGCGGUCCGCCGAGCUCGUGCGCCUGCAAUCGCAAAAGUGGGAGCGCCGAGACCGCUUCGGCAACCUCAAGCCCAUGACCAAGACCCGGGAGACGUCGGCGUGGAAGUCGUCGCUGCGCCACCAGUGGGCUGUCAUCAAGUUUGAGAAACUGGGGCCUGAAGUGGCUCCGCCGCCCCCGAGUAUCGAAAAGCGCAAGGAGCCGGCCAGCAGCAGUGUCCCCGAGAAGAGUGUCACGGAAAUGCUGCAGGAGAUGAGGAUGAAGGAUUCCCCUGUCGAACAUGUCCUUUCUGAGCAUGAUGAUUCUAAGCAUGGCCUGAUCGAGGUUUGA